AUCUCAUACUUCAUCUCACUGCGUGCCCAUACAUCUACCAGUGCCGCGUCCAUGUCAUGCACAUACGGAACCAUGCCCAAAGGAAACAUAUCAUCGAUUCGCUCGAAGCGCUGCUCUACCAGCUCGCAGUCCUAUCCUUCCUCAUGUCGCCCUCAAUCCUUGCACUUGUCACUCGUACGGCGGCCCAGUUCCAGCUAUCGAAACCGCGCGAAAUGGACCCCGGGCGGACUCUUCGGUUCUGGUACUUCCUCAUAUUCUUAUUCAACUUCGGCAGCCUCUGGGCGCACACGAUCACUGGCACGGCGGAGGGCAGGGCUGUCAUCCUCGACUUCAUCGGCAUGUCGUUCACACCAUCGAAGCUGCAAUUGGUGCUGCUCGACCUCUUGUUACUCGUGCUUUCUGUCAUCCUCACUACCAUUGCAUACGACACUUCUUACGUACUCGCAUCAAGAACCGAUAUCGUUGAUCCUCUCGUAUCCACACCACACCCAACAGCAGACUCUCUAUCAAGCCCAAUGCUCAACAUUGGGUCGCCGUCACCUUCCCACUCCAGUACGGACGACACAAGACUUGUCAUCGACUUUCAUUGGUCCAACGUGGUGACGCACUUGCGCAACCCUCCAUCGCCUCCGGAGCAGAAUGAUGAUCUAUUGCCGAUGCCUAACACCGCUUCUCUGUUGAGCUUACGACAGAUGUUGUGGCAGCGGAGUGGGCGAGCUAGCGCUCGGACGGGCGAAACUGAUGAAGGGGCUGGAGGCGAGAGAAGAGGGAACGGAUCCGAGCAGAGAACGGUUCCAGGGGGUCUUGACGUCGACGCUGGUGGAUGA